GGUUCUGCCGUGGAAGGCGCGUGUUCCUACAUGUUUUGGACGGGUCAACAAGAACGGCGUCGUCUAGGUGGGAGCAACCACGUGGUUUUUGCGGGAAUCCUGAUCACUGCUUCGAGAACCGCCAACGUUUAUUUUUAUUCAUGGUUGCCACGGUCUUUGAAGCCCCCGUCUAAUUGGAAGAACAAUCUCCAUCCUCGAUUUCUCAUGAAAUCCUCAGCUUCUUCAGUUCUCUGCUCCUGAUCUUCGUCGAUUUUGCUUCGCCGUGGCGUCUUCAUUCAUAUCAGGAUUGUUACAAGAUUCGGUUUUUCGUUUCUUAGGCUUCACAUUCUCGGUUCCUUUGACUUCAACUCGGAGCAUGCGUUCUUCGCUCCUGAGUUUUUCCUGUGAUUGGUGAUUCUUUUAGCGGCCCAAAAUUCCGAUAAGCUAGUGAUUUUAGCUGCAUUUGUAUUGUAAUAUCUAGUCGCGCCCGUUCAAUUAGGGUUCCCCAAUUUCUAGGAUUCGAAAAUGCCACCAUUUUUGUCGGCCUCAAAAGCACUCCGAUCAUUUGUAUCGCGUAAAACCGGGGUCAAGCAAUUAAUUAGUUCCGGCACGAGCCUUGGGCAGCUCGGUGACAAGAACCGGUCCAUUUGCAAACCCUUUGGCUGCGCCGCUGAUUCUGUAUCCGCAAUUGGAGCUCUGCAUAAGAAUCAUUUUGUUCAGACGAGGCAGUUUCUUGGAUGUGGAGACGGUGAAGAAGGUGUGCUAUCCAAAGUGUACGAGGAGAAACGCGUUUUGGGGUACUCUCCAGAGCAAUUAUUUGACGUCGUUGCCGCUGUUGACUUCUAUCAUGGUUUUGUCCCAUGGUGUCAGAGAUCUGAGAUACUUAAGCACUAUCCAGAUGGAUCAUUUGAUGCUGAGUUGGAGAUUGGAUUUAAAUUUCUUGUUGAGAGUUAUAUUUCCCAUGUUGAAUUGGAAAGACCGAAGCGAAUAAAGACCACUGUAUCACAGAGUACCCUGUUUGACCAUUUGAUAAACAUAUGGGAAUUUAAUCCCGGGCCAGUUCCAAAAUCUUGCAACGUUUAUUUCUUGGUGGAUUUUAAGUUUCAAUCUCCUCUUUACAGACAGAUUGCUUCAAUGUUCUUUAAGGAGGUGGCCUCAAGAAUGGUUGGUUCGUUUACUGAGCGUUGCCGUGUGAUAUAUGGACCAGAAGUGCCAAUCCUUGAGAAUUCGUAUGGGGAAGGGGCGCAAAGUUAUCCUGCUCGUCGCAAUUAGAACAUAGUUGACAUCAAUUCACAAUUUAAUCGGGGAUUGAGUGGCUUUUUGAUUGUUUGCCACUCAAUGCUAUUGUCUUGUGGUUAUUGUAAUUUAAAGGCUUUAAUGUCAAUUAUAAGUCACCUCACAUGUUCUUAGAGUAUCAAUAAUCAAUUCUUUUUCUUCUAC